AGCAUUACCCCAAAUAAACAAGACACUUGGGGCAGCAAGGUCACCUGUAGAAUACUUCAGAAGGAGUGAGCUUGCAAGCACUAAGCUCAAAAGCAAACAAAAGUCAAUGGGUGUAAGUGAGCACAAAUUGAUCCAGGAUGUAGCMACAAGAUGGAACAGCUCCUACURCAUGGUGAGUCGCCUCCUGGAGCAGCGGUGGCCAGUGACCGCAGUCCUUUCAGACCCAGAAAUAACAAAGACAUCAAAGCAUUACCUGGAUCUGAAGACUGGCCAGUGGGCCCUACUGGARGAACUGGAGCAGGUUCUGAAGCCCUUUGAGGAAGCCACUGUCUUUCUAAGUGCAGAAAAUGAUGUGACUAUCUCUACACUACCCCAGCUGGUGAACGCCCUCCAGAAGUCCACACAGAACAGAUCGUUUGAGUGUGCUCCAGUCAACGCUUUCCAAAYAACUGCAGAAGAGCAGAUAGCUUCAAGAUGGGUCAGUGAGACUACAUUCAGCGAGGAUGGUCCCAACGUGUCUCUACUUGCUGCUGCCCUCAACCCCAGGUACCGCAAGCUCAAGUUCCUGUCGCCAGACGAGAUCCUAAAAGUGCAAGUUAAACUUCAGGGUCUUGCACUUGAAGCCAAGCGAAGGAAUAAGGAACAGCUACAAGCUGGUUUGGAGCAGGAUGACCAGCCAGAGGGAGCACUUCCCAUCAAGGAGAGGAGGUCUCUGCURGACGUGUUGAUGGACACUGACUCAGAUSACGACAACAAUGAAAGAGACAAUGGCCAGGAAUAUGAUGGCGAAAUGGUGAGGAAGGAGAUGCUCAUGUACUUUGGUGAGUACCAUUGUCAAAAGGACAAGAGCACACUGCWGUGGUGGAAGGAAAAUGCAGUAAAAUUGCCCACCCUGGCUCUGCUGGCCAAAUCAUAUUAAGCUGUCCCUGCAACAUCAACUCCAUGUGAACGCCUCUUCUCAGCUGCUGGGAACAUUGUGACCAAAAAAAAGAGCAAGCCUGACUUCUGAGCACGUAGAUAUGCUCACAUUCCUGCACUUCAAAGCCCAGUUUAGACUUUACGAGAGACU